CGGUUUUAUCCUUUCUCCCCCAUUCUGCAACAGUUAUCUGUUAUAUACAAAAAGACAGGCUUACCUCUCGGAGGUUCUGUGGUUUUGAACUAAAAUUUUCUUAUAAUUUUUUAUUCUAGAGAUUUCAAAUGGGAAAGAAGCGAAAACACAGUGAAACUGAGGCUGUAGCCAAUGUAAAGAAAGAUGAAACUGCGGAAGAAAGGCCCAAAAGAACACUUUUGGGAUGGAAAAACAAUGGGGAUGAUGAUAAGAGCCAAAAUGAUUCUGUGUGUUUUAGAAACAAAGAGAAAGUUUUGGUCACUUGUUCCCGACGCAUUAGCUUCAGGUAUAGGCAUUUGAUGUUGAACUUGGUAGAUCUUUUACCACACUGUAAGAAAGAUAACAAGGUUGAGUCCAAAGAAAGCAAAGGUGCUACUUUGAAUGAGCUAGUGGAGCUCAAGAGCUGCUCUUCUUGUUUGUUUUUUGAGUGUAGGAAAGGUAAAGACCUCUAUUUAUGGAUGGCCAAGUGCCCCAACGGGCCAUCUGUCAAGCUUUUAGUCAAUGCAGUGCACACGAUGGAGGAAUUGAAGCUUACUGGAAAUCAUCUUAAGGGUUCCCGUCCUAUUUUGACCUUUUCAUCCAAUUUUGAUAAGAAACCCCACUGGCAGUUGUUAAAGGAAAUGAUCACACAGAUAUUUGGCACUCCGAAGGACCACAGGAAAUCUAAACCUUACCAUGAUCAUGUAUUUGUUUUUUCAAUCGCUGAUGACCACGUAUGGUUCAGGAAUUAUCAGAUAUCUUGUCCUCAUAGUGGAGGACAAAAAAUAGACCACGGGGACUUGGAAAAGAUGACACUAGUUGAGGUUGGUCCAAGGUUUUGUUUGAACCCAAUCAAGAUAUUUGGUGGCAGUUUUGGAGGUCCAACAUUAUAUGAGAAUCCAUUUUAUGUUUCACCAAACCAGAUUCGAUCAUUAGAGAAAAAGCAGAAGGCUGGAAAAUAUGCAAAGAAAGUUAAAGCCAAGGCAAGGAGGAAGAUGCAUGAGAUGGCAAAUCCCUUGGAGGUUGAUGAAUUUGCGGAUAUGUGGAAGGAAUGAUAUUUAUUGGUGCUACUUUAGUGGACCACGAGAGAAAGAGAGAAGCUAAUUGCCGAUGCUUAGCAGCAAUUGCAUGGAUGAACUUCUUGUGUGAGAGGUGACUCAUGUAGGAUUUCCUCCGCUAAAUUUUUGGUCAUAUGGUUCAUCUACUUCACAUUUGCUUCCAGUGGACGAGUAUUACUUCGAAUAGGAAAAUUUUUAAUGCCAAUACUUGGGUUUCUUUUGACUAAUUUAUGUUUCUAAGUGAAUAAGAAGGAUUAAACCAAAAAAGUUCAUGAACUGUCAACUGAAGAUAUGAUAUGCUGUACUGAAUCUAAAUGAUUGGUAUAAUUUGAAUUUCAGAUUAUUUCUUGUUA